UGUUUUCGAAUUCAGUUACAGAAUGACUCAGUGGCGCUGAGAUCCAACAUAGUCUUUCAUAGCAAUCUAACCCACCCACCAAGACACAAGUUAUCCAACCCAUCAUGGAGCUGGCCCGCCGAGUGUCCGCUCGCUUCGAAACCAAAAGACUGCCGGAGGACGUGGACGAUGGCCUGGAGACGCUGGAGGAGUACAAGCAGCGCUGGCGUUCCGUCCGCAUCAUCUACUUCACCAUGUUCCUGAUGGCCCUCGGCUUCAGCAUCAUUCUCACGGGCAUUUGGCCCUACCUCAACAAGCUAGAUCCCGCUGCUGGCAAGGAGUUCAUGGGUCUCAUUGUGGCCGCCAAUCCGCUGGGACAGAUGAUCUUCAGCCCCAUUUUCGGCUGGUGGGGCAAUAAGCUGGGCAAGAUUCGACUGCCGCUGCUCAUCUCGUUGUCGCUGUUCACCCUGGCCAGUGGCAUAUACUCCUCGCUGGAACUGCGCCCGGAUAACGUCAAGUACUGGAUGCUCUCCUCAAGAUUCCUUAUAGGUGUCAGCUCCGCAAAUAUUGCCCUGUGCCGGUCGUACUUGUCGGCUGCCACGCGACUCAGCGAACGCACGCAUGCGGUUUCCAUGGUAUCACUCGCCCAGGUCCUCGGAUUCAUCAUUGGACCGACUCUCCAGGCGGUCGUCACUCCACUCGGCGACGAGGGGCACAUUUGGCUGGGCGGAUUGAUGCACUUCAACAUGUACACCGCAUCCGGUUGGAUCAAUGUGGUGAUGAGCAUUGGCAACAUUGUGAUGUUUCUUCCCGGGGUCUUCGAGGAGCACAAGAUCGCCGCUCGCGAGGUCAUGGUCAUUCAGGGCGGGACAUCGGAGAGAGAGACUUGGAAAGGCAUCAAGCCAAACUAUUACUCCGCCUGGACUUUGAUUGUCGCCUUCUUUGUUCUGGUCUUCAACUUUGUUCUGCUGGAGACAUUAGGCACAUCCCUGACCAUGGACAUGUUCGCUUGGACCGACAACGAGGCCCUUUGGUACAUGGGCAUCAUGAUGACCACCGCAGCCAUUGUUUCCUUGAUCACAUUUGUCUUGAUUGGACCCAUGUGCAAGAUCAUUUCCGAACGUUAUGUGCUCAUCUGGGGCGGAUUCUCGCUAAUGUUCCUAGGUCGCGCGGUCUUCGUUCCCUGGGGUCCGGAUCCGCCAAAAUUGGCGCAGCCCUUCAAUGCCAGCCUGAAUCUGACCAAGGACGAUCCCCUCUUCUUAGGCUGCCCCGUUGAUACGCAGCCGUGGUGCAGCGAACUGCCCGCUUUGACUUUGACGCAGUUCCUCAUUGGAUUUGCCCUCACCUCGGUGGGUUAUCCCAUCGGUGUGACGCUCAUCCAGACGAUAUUCUCCAAGGUUCUGGGGCCUCGGCCGCAGGGCGUCUGGAUGGGCUUUCUGACCGGUUCGGGCUGUCUGUCCCGCUGCCUUGGUCCACUCUUCGUGGGUUCCAUCUACACUCGGCUGGGCACUUUUUGGACCUUUUACGUUACCUCCUUCAUGAUGUUCGUCUCAAUGCUUUGGCUGCAGUUCAGCAAUCGAUUGCUAAUCCCUCCGACAUUCGAGAAGGCCACUCCCGUGGAGCUGCAAGAACUGAACAAGCAGAAUGGUGGCAAGCAGGAGGACCACUCACCCGAAGAAGAGUCCACCGUUUCGGUGAAGAAGGGCAGUUACCAUUCGCUAACCGCCGACGCGUAG